AUGGGUAACACAUAUAACUCACCCCCAUCUGCUUUAGCUUCUCGACAGCUAUCUUCCUCGAUAUCUUCGGAUAACUCGAACAUAGCUGCUGUGAAGCCGCCUGAAAAGCGAUUUAAGAUGACCCGGAAAAAGCUUAUGAUAGGCAUUCUUGCGCUUCUGAUACCUGCAGCUUGUGCAGGAACAGGGAUUGGUCUUGCGCUGAGGAACAACCGAAAUGCGUCCAGUUGUAAACCCGAGGAUUCAUGUCGUGAUCUUGGGUAUGCAAAGUACCAGGGUGUUCCUGAUCCCAAUGGAGUUACGAGUUGGCUAGGAAUGCGAUACGCGGCGCCGCCAGUGGGAGAGUUGCGUUUUGCGGCUCCUCAGGAUCCUGCAAAGGAAGAGGGCAUUCAAGUUGCUAACGUGCGCCAAAAGCGAUGUGUUUCAACGGGCGCACGGAUAGCCAAGCGCGAGUCAGAAGACUGUCUAUUUUUAGAUGUUUUCGCGCCAUCAAAUGCAACGAAAGAUUCCAAGUUGCCGGUCUUUUUUUUUAUCCAAGGUGGUGGCUUCAAUAUGAACGCCAAUCCCGGAAUCAAUGCUUCUAGACUCAUCCAGGCUUCGGGAGGGAAUUUGAUAGCUGUGGGCUUCAAUUAUCGUGUUAGCCUAUAUGGAUUCCUUGCUGGUAAAGAGCUUGAAGAGCGCGCGAGCCUCAAUAAUGGUCUCAAAGACCAAAUCAAAGCGCUCGAGUGGGUUAAGACGCAUAUAGCCCAGUUUGGCGGAGAUCCUGACCAUGUCGUCAUCGGAGGCCAUAGCGCAGGCGGUGCUUCCGUGGUAUUCCAUCUGACUGCUUAUGGCGGCGAAAAGUGCGAUGAGGCCCCGUUUCACGGUGCCAUUGCAGGCUCACCCUCAAUGGGAACCAUGCUCACGGUGUCAGAGAGUCAGUUUCUCUACGACAGCUUGCUGAAUCGUACUGGGUGCGGAUGUAGUAGAGACAGUCUCAAAUGUCUUCGCAAUUUGGACGUCAAAACCCUUCAGUCGCACAACACCAAGCAGCCGCUUCCAGGUGCUAAAGUGAAUCCGCUCUUUAUGUAUUCACCAACGAUCGACAACGACCUUGUGCCAGAUUAUACCUACCGCCUUUUACAGGAGGGCAAAUUCUGCAAAGUACCUGUUGUAUUCGGAGAUGAUCAGGACGAAGGUACACUUUUUGCGUCGAAAAAGACGAAGAGUAUUCAAGACUCAGACAAGUUUCUCCGCGCGCAGUUUCCAGCGCUAACAGAAGACCAACUUCGAAAGAUAAACUCAUACAUGUCAACAGUAAAGCCUGAGUUCCCGGACAUUGGCAUGCACUGGCAGCAGCUGGCCAGGAUAUACGGAGAUAUGCGGUAUACAUGUCCCAAAAUUUCCAUUAUGGAGAGUUUUACCGAAUUCCACAAACACGAUCAGGCUUGGAGUUAUCGGUACGCCGUCCAGGACCCGUUGUAUCUGCGCUCUGGACUGGGAACACCCCAUACAGCAGAGUUGGAAGGGAUCUGGGGGCCGGACUAUGCUGCCGGCAGAUCGCCGAUGUCUUAUUAUACCACAAAUAAGGAAAUCGUACCCGUCGUUCAAGGGUACUGGUCAAGCUUCAUUCGCAGUCUGGAUCCAAAUAAGCAUCGCGCACAGGGUAGUCCGGAGUGGAAGACGUGGAACGCGUCAAGCUCUGAUCCCAAUCCCGAAGGGUUUAGGGAACUUUUCAUAAGGACAGGGGACACGAAGAUGAGGGUUGUCGACUCGCAGCAAAGAGAAAGAUGUGAUUAUUUUAUAAACAUUGGCGUCGACAUCAAACAAUAAGGAAUUGGGCUAGGCGUUUGGGGCCGCGCAACCCGCUGCUUGGGCCGCUUGUGAUGACUGCAGCAACGAUCUGGGUAUAAUGCGUUGGGAGGGCUUUUGCAUAGCGUUGCAUCUUUGGCUGUACUUAUACUGUUGCCAGCCGGCUUCGUAUAUACUCCGUAGACUCUGAUCAU